AAUUGAAAUAAAAAAAAUUAACAAAUCGAAAGAAUUCCUCUUUAUCCCAAAAUCCCCAAAUUCAAACCCUAAUCUAAAUCGACAUCAUCGUCAAAUGGCGUCUCCCACCCGAUCUCUUCCCUACAAAAAUGUUAUCGCCAAAUGGUUCGAGGUCAGGGAGGAGGAGAUCAGAGGAGACCCGGCGUUGGUCUCUGGAUCCACCACGGCGGCACGGUGGAAUGGCGGUUGUUUCUUCCUCCAACAAGGGUCGUCGUCGGGAGAGAAAAAAGGGGCAGAAUAGGUCAACUGACGUCGCAGACUGUGGGACCAAAACGGAGGCAAGGUCGGGGCCUGAGGGAGAGAGGAAGCCGUCUCUGGCAGCAAUCACAUAACCGACGGCGUCGUUCGGAGAUUGUGGAUUGGUGGUGGCGGAGGUGGAAGUGGUGGACGAGGAGUCAUUGGGGUUGCAGCUGCUGGAGAAUGAUUUGGAGCGGUGGAGCUAGAGGGCGAGGCGCUCGCAGAGGUAUGCGGCGCAGAACCCGGUGACGCCAUUUGUGGGAUGGCGGCGGUAGGUUAAGUGAUGGCGGCGCUGUGGCGGAGCAGGACUCAUGGUUGCAGCGCUUGGAUUUGGGGAAGAUGAUAGCAGUGCGACAAUGAAGGGUUUGGGCCUUUGAGGGUUUGGGAUAAUAAUAGGGAUUCUUUUAA